GUGCAGCCCAACACUGAGUUCUCUCUCCUAUGGUUUUGUUGCUGCCAUGUCUCACUGCGUGCUCUACUAGUCCAUUCCCUUUGGACCAGCGCGGGAUCAUUCCCUACAGUAUAUUCCACAGCACUUUGGCCGGGGAGCUUUAAAAUAGCGUCAUUACGUCUCACGUAAAUUAGUCAAAUAACAUUUCUAUCUAGGUGGUAUGUGAGGUGAGCUAUUCAUAGGUUUGAUUGGGCCUGGCAGGAAGUUCAGGAAAUAGGAAGCCAGCUUCCAAGACUAAACUCUUCUUAAGAGAUGGAGAGAACAUUUUCUCAAGACCUGGCAUCAUGAGGUCUACGUGCUGCAAUUCAAGAGCCGUAUGUUUUGUACCAUUCCCGCAGACGAUGUCCCUGCACUGACGUUGCCCUGAAGACUCCUGCAGCAGCGUUGGAAGGAUUCCCCCGUUGAUUAUAAUUAUUUCAGUUUUUGGUGGUUGGUUGUUUAGUUGCUGCGGCGAGUGGGGUUUGGUUUUUUGGUUUGGUUCUGGUUUUUUUAACACCAUGUCUAAUUCGGGCGCCCCUCAAGAUGCUGGUAACAAGCCCAACGUGUUGGACAGAAAUAACCAAGAGGACUCGCAACCCCCCGUCAACUCCGAGAGGAGGAACAAAAGUGGGAUCAUAAGUGAACCUUUGAAUAAAAGUCUUAAGAAAUCGCGUCCGCUCUCCCACUACUCCACCUUCAGCAGCAGCAGCUUGGUAAGCGAACAUUCAGAGAAAGGAACCUCCUUAGCUAAUGGCAAUGAAGCAACUGUGGAUAAAAGUCACUCUACCUCAAAGCACAAAAACAUCUCUAGUAUGCUGAGCAAAUCAGACAGGGCGUCAGAAAUCUCAUCAGAAGGACAGAUCAGCCUACAACAGUUUGCUCAGUCUACAGAUAUGCUCAAAAGAGUGGUACAGGAGCACAUUCCUUUACCAAAUGACCACGGGACUGGUAUCUCUGAUAUGGAAGCGGUCUCAGCUGCAGAGACAAUGAACAGCCCAUCUGAUUUUCCUUACCUGGGGGCUUUUCCCAUAAACCCAGGCCUUUUCAUUAUGACCCCUGCUGGCGUGUUUCUGGCAGAGAGCGCGCUCCAUAUGGCUGGCUUGGCAGAGUACCCAAUGCAGAAUGAAUUGGCAUCUGCCAUCAAUUCUGGGAAAAAGAAACGGAAAAGAUGUGGCAUGUGCCCUCCGUGCCGAAGACGGAUAAACUGCGAGCAGUGCAGCAGUUGUAGGAAUCGCAAAACUGGCCACCAGAUUUGCAAAUUCCGAAAAUGUGAGGAACUCAAAAAGAAGCCGUCUGCAGCGCUGGAGGCUACAACUGCUAAAAGGCGUAAGUCUCCCCCGCAGGACAAGUCCAGCUGUAUAGUAACAGAACCCCAAAGACACUGAAAUAAGGUGAUGCUUCCUACAGGAGCUGCAUUCAGAUGGUUUCAGUAGGAAUGAGAAUUCCAAAGCUCUGUCAUCUAAGUGCAAUGUCACUGCUUGCUUGUGUUGUCUCAGGCAAGGAAUUUUUUGGCUGAAAUGAAUGGAUGCACCUGUGUCUCUUUAGAACCAAAAAUAUUUUCUCGCAGAUUUCAUUCCUGUUUUUAUAUAUAUAUUUUUUUUGCGUUUGUUUUAACAUCUUCAAGUUCUAGUAAAACAUUUAACUGCUUUUCAAAUAAUAAUAAUAAAAAAAUGGAUCUGUAAAGUACCAAGACUUAA